CGAUACUGCACACAAACACGACGAGCAAGAACAGCAAGGGGGGAGGAGGUGCUGGGGCACCCGGAGCUGCCGGGGUAAAUCUUGCAAAAGGAAAAUCAAAUAAGCACGCAGUACAGCAUCAAGUCACUGUAGUCGGAGCUGCAGCAGGUGGAUCCGAUAGCCAAAAUUAUAAGCGAGGCGGUGACGGCUCAGCUCCAACAGCGGGAGCAGAUAAUACAGCUCCAGCCUUGAUCACUCUCCAGCAUGCGCAGAUGCGGGAGGAAAAGAAACGACUGGAAGCGAGCCAGACCAUCACGGCUGACAAAAUUGAUUGGGACACGUACCAGAAAAUUUUGCUCCAGUCCUCGGUUCCGGAACUCAAGGUGGCGGAGGCCUGCAACGUGAAUCUGGACCUGAUCGAGAAAGUAUCAAAUGUAAAAAUGUCUGGGUCUGGAAACUUGUGAUGCUGGGUGGCGUCUCAUGAUGAGGCUAAAAAUGCUGGCUCAGCAUGACAAGUUUCUGAGCUCCUAGGUGUUACCUAUUCUGCAUGACAAACUGCGCUUCCGCAUCACAGAAAAGCGGAGCUCUUGGGUGACGUGCAUGACAGAUUUAAGAGUCAUGCCAGACAAGCAUGACAAACAUGAAUUCUUCCAGACCCAGACAUUUUUACAUUUGAUAGAAAGCCGAGCUGAACAACGGGAUGCUGCCGAAACAGCCACAGAUUUACCGGUUCUACGCGGCGUACUUGGUGUACAUCCUAUGCAUUGCAAAAGUAUCGUACUAGUAUAAAUCGCAUGACAAAUUCCCUCAGAAUGGAAAAUGGAAUUUGUCAUGCUGAUUUACCUUGGGAACCAGAUUUGUCAUGCAUAUCUGCGAUUAGUACGAGUGCGAUGCUUUUGCAUUUGAUACAUCCUGUUGCAGAACAACUUUUCCAAGGAGCACCUGUGUGCGAUAUGGAUUGCAAAAAUGUCUGGGUCUGGAAGAUUGCAACUUGUCAUGCUAAUUCCGAAGAAUGCAAAAAUCUGUGUUGCAUGAGUGCCAAAAGCAGUCCACUUCAGACCAAGUUGGGAGGCAGUUUCUCAUGCAGGAUAGGCAUGAUAGUGAUAGAACUCUCACAGAAUCUGUCAUGCUAUGUCCUACAUACCAGACCUCAUGGGUCAUGGAAAACCUGCAUGACAGGUCUUUCUUCGUAAAAGUAAGAAAUUUAGCGACAACCUUGCCUUGGGUUACUAAGCGGGAGACUUUGUCUUUCGUAGGAUUUCUCAUCCAAAUCCCAACAUUUCUGAGUUCUCAGCAUUACAAAGCGAAAAAUAAAAACUAAAAACUACAGGUUCCAGAUCUGCCUAGAUCGGACAAGAAAGAUGACAGCUGAAGGAGCCGUUGACGUGCACACAGUAAAGAAGAUUUCGUUGGCGUGUGGUAGACACCCUACUUUGUAACUCCCUACUGCACGUAUAGAGACGAUUUGAGUAGAUCGGUUGAGUGACAAGCGCUCGAUAGAUUAAAAUUGUAACUAUGCGCUCGGUAGAUAUAGAAUAUGCGCACUCUUCUGAUCUACCCAGAGCUCCCCUCUAUGGCAGAUGAUCCCCGAUAUAAUAUUUCGCACGCCAGCAAUAACAGAAAGAUCCGG